UAAAUGUAAUGAAAAAAACGAAGAUCUCCCCGCGCGGUAUCACGUUCGUUUUUCAAUUCGCCCAGAUCGUAACGGGGGCGAUUAUGUCGCAAAACCUUCUAAUCUAAUUAGGUGAUAAACUUUAUGCAAUCUUAAGUGCAUCGCAAUUAUGAACAGUGACGAGACAAUUAUUGCUUGAUUGAUUACGUAACUUCUUAAUUUAGGCGCCGCAGUGGGUUUUUAAUGUUUUUCGCUAUCGAGAAUUUUAAUUUAAUUUAAUUUUGCCUAACACUGCAGGACCCCAGCGUCCUUUAAAAAUGGCCAUAUUCGACGUUUCAUGAAAUGCCCGGGAUCCCUUUACGAUUGUUUAUUGUUAGAUAAAACUAAUUGUCGCAAUUUAGGCUCCUUGUUUAAACAAUGAUGUUACGUUAGUUUUUAUUAUAGCAUGAAGGCGAAAAAAGCGGCCAUCAUCUACCCUCUCGUAUUCCUUAUACUUAGCUCGUUGGCAGUCUCAUAUUUCACGCUGCGCGAUCUCGAAUGGGAGGAGCAUGUUUCUAUUCAGAGAGGUUUCUGGCUGUUCUCGAGCGGUCUGCUGUUCUUCACCUCGUUGUAUUUGGUGAUAAACAACGCUCUCAUUCACACGCACAGCGGCAGGAAGAUGAUGCGCGCCUGUAAACUGUCCAACAGUUGCGUCUACGAUAUAAGUAACAAGUGCGUGUCAGCUGUUCAGGCUUUGUUUUGUUGCCUCACCGGCCUAACUUCCACGACAUACUCGUGUUCACGCGACAUGCUCCAAACUUCCCACUACAUCUCGGAAGCGUACGCUUGGUUCGGCGCAGCAUACUUCGCUUACGAUAUCUGGUCAAUGUACAAAGUGUGGAGUUCGAAAGUUACCCAACCCGACAUGACCGGCGUCAGUAACAAACUCAUAUUGAAAACUUGCCGCCUGACUGCCUACAUCGCAAACAACUUUAUGAUUGUCGCGCAUCACAUCUUUAUCGGCGCUUUCGGGUUUCUCGUCAUUACGUAUCUGAGAGGCGGCCUCGGGGACUGUUUUUUCGGUUACAUUUACCUGAUGGAGGCGAGCACCCCGUUCGUCUCGUUGCGGGGCAUCAUAUCGAAAAUCGGACUGAAAGAAUCUCGUUGGUAUGUCGCCAACGGACUGGUCAUGCUCGCGACGUUUUUCGUUUUUCGGGUGGCCAUGUUCCCUUACGUCAUCAGUCUGUACGCCAAGUCGAUACAGGCGGAUUUUUUGACGGCUGUGAAAAAAUUACCAAGGAACUGCCUAGUGAGCAUCGGCAUUCUGAUGAUCCCGCAGGUGUAUUGGUUUUUGUUGAUGGUGAAAGGGGCGACUCAGAUACUGAUGAAGAAAAACUCGGCCAGUAGUUCCAAUAACAACAAUUUAAGGAAAAAAUCGCGGUAAUCUCGCGUUUCUAAUUUGCGCAAAAUCAAGAUCUUAUUAGAUAAGCGAGAUUGUAUGGACCGCCUCAGGUAUAAUAAUUAAGUGUAAAAUCGAUGUUACCAAUGAAAAUAUCCAUUAACUGUAAGCUAUAUAAUACGUGGAUUUGCGCUAAAUAUUUUAGUAACUGUGCUUUUUUUAAAAUAAAUUUGUCGACUCAAAAGUCACCUGUCACUCCCAAAAGCUUACAACUGUGAGCCACGAUGACUGUUUCAUUCGAUGUUUCAAUCAAAUAACACCCCAUUAUAUUUUUGGAAACUUUACCCCCACAAUAUAUUAGAGUUAAAAAUAAAUAGCUCGGUGUGCUUUUUUAUAGGCGAUAUUUGUCGGUUUCAGAAUGAGUAGAAAAGACUGAGUGGUUGAAUCUUAGGUACAUAGCCUUAAGGCAAAAAAAUGAGAUUAGUAAAAUAUCUGUCUAUAUUUAUUAACAUUAUCCAAGUAACAAAAGGAUUUCGGGGGAAUAGAACAUUUAUUCUUAUAAAUGUAUUAACUACAAAACUUUUUAAUCUAUACAUUCAAAUAGCAAAGAGUCUCGUUAGGCGUGUAAAUAUUGUAGAUAAAUGCGAUGGAAAAAUCUUGUUGAGCGAAGAAAACCCCGCGAAAUAAUUUUGUAAACGCGAUCUUCAAAAUCUGAAAACGUAAUUUCGAAUCUUGUAUUGUGUGUACAAAAUAAAUAUAUUUAACUGU